CCUGAUUUCAUGGUUUUAAAACGAUGCCAUGAUCUGAUCGGCGUCUGUUUACACGGCGGCGAUCGGGCUCUUUCGCGGACGAUAUUUUGAUGGCAUGACAAAUCAGAACGAAGAGGAUGUACUGUAUGACUAGACACCAGAUCAGUUCUGUUUGUGGAUUACAUUUUCAGUAAGAUGUAUGGAUCUAUUUUUUCCUUCUUCUUAUAUAUAGAUCAUGAGACUUGACUGAGGCAAUAUACAUAUCAUCCAUCCAUCUAUGGCGAACUACAGCCAUGCAGCUGACAACAUUUUACAAAAUCUCUCUCCUUUAACAGCUUUUCUGAAACUGACUUCACUGGGUUUCAUAAUAGGAGUCAGUGUGGUGGGUAACCUUCUGAUCUCCAUUUUGCUAGUCAAAGAUAAGACCUUGCAUAGAGCUCCUUACUACUUCCUGUUGGAUCUUUGCUGCUCAGAUAUCCUCAGAUCUGCAAUUUGUUUCCCAUUUGUUUUCACCUCUGUAAAAAAUGGCUCUACUUGGACGUACGGGACUCUUACUUGCAAAGUGAUUGCCUUUUUGGGGGUUUUGUCCUGCUUUCACACCGCUUUCAUGUUAUUCUGCAUAAGCGUCACCAGAUACUUAGCUAUUGCCCACCACCGUUUUUAUACAAAGAGGCUGACCUUCUGGACUUGUUUGGCCGUGAUCUGUAUGGUGUGGACUCUCUCUGUAGCCAUGGCUUUCCCCCCAGUUUUAGAUGUGGGCACCUACUCGUUCAUUAGGGAGGAAGACCAAUGCACUUUCCAGCAUCGUUCCUUCAGGGCUAAUGAUUCUUUGGGAUUUAUGCUUCUUCUUGCCCUCAUCCUCCUAGCCACACAGCUUGUCUACCUCAAGCUGAUAUUUUUUGUUCACGAUCGCAGGAAAAUGAAGCCAGUCCAGUUUGUUGCAGCGGUGAGCCAGAACUGGACAUUUCACGGUCCCGGAGCGAGUGGUCAAGCAGCUGCUAAUUGGCUGGCUGGAUUUGGAAGGGGUCCCACACCGCCAACCUUGUUGGGAAUCAGGCAGAACGCCAACACCACGGGCAGGAGAAGGCUACUGGUUUUAGACGAGUUCAAAAUGGAGAAGAGAAUCAGCAGAAUGUUCUACAUCAUGACAUUCCUCUUUCUGACCUUGUGGGGUCCCUAUUUGGUAGCCUGUUACUGGAGAGUUUUUGCAAGAGGGCCUGUAGUACCGGGGGGAUUUCUAACGGCCGCUGUCUGGAUGAGUUUUGCCCAAGCUGGAAUCAAUCCUUUUGUCUGCAUUUUCUCCAACAGGGAGCUGAGGCGCUGUUUCAGCACAACCCUUCUUUACUGCAGAAAAUCCAGGUUACCAAGGGAACCUUACUGUGUUAUAUGAGGGAGCAUCUGUAAAUCUUUAGCCUUGUGAAACACUACCAUUCUCUGCUAAGCAAUUGUGGCCUGUAGCCAUGUCUUGAGAAGAAAAUCAAGAAUGGGAUGUCAGCAGUUGUAAGGAUUUGGGCAACAUUCUGCAGUCUUUGCAAUAGCUCACCUCUAAUCCUAUUUUAAACCUAAACGUGUUCCUGCUGACCACUGCUGAAGGUUUGUAAUUAAGAACAAAGGACUGAACUACUGCCCUGAAUUUCUUUGUGUGGUUGAAAUCUAGAUUAUGAAAGUAGCAGGUGCUAAGUAUCAGUGCUAAAUGCUGUGUAUAUCACUACAUAAAAUAAGACCAUCAGAAACAUUAGCAUUGGACAUCUUAAUAAAUUAAGUUGAUAUGAGGUUAAUGUGUUGAUAAAACUAAUUUUAGACAUCUGAAGACCUUUAAACAUUUCAUACAAUUAUUGUUUUGCGAAGACUGAAAACUGGGGACUCAAGUACUGUAACUGAUUAAAGAUGUGCCAUGCAUUAUUGGAUUAUCACACUUACAAAUCUGUUUGCCUUGUGAGUAAGUUUUGGGGAGCAUUCCAAAGCAGUAUUUUUGUUCUCAUUUACACUUCUUUUUUCUUUUCUUUUUCUUUUUCUUUUUCUUUUUUUUUUUUUCUUCCAAAUAUAUUGCUCUUUCUAAAUGCCAUUUUCCUUAACAGUGAAAUAAUAACAUUUAACUGUAUUCUGUGGUUUUUGCUGAUUUGGUAUAAAGUUUAAUAGACUCUUAUUUAUAUUUUUUAAAAAGCUAGAUAUCAGUCUGUUAGGCAACGUUAAUGAUAAUAUCCAGUCAUAAUUGAACAGUUAUAAUUAUACAGAAUAAACACAUGUUGCCUUAAA